UACAACUGCUUGCUUCAAUAUUUGGUGAUAUCCUUAGUCCUAGGGGAUUUUUUUUUUCUUUUUCUUUUUUGUGUCUGUCUCCAUUUCCACUGAAACCCCAUUCCUCUAUUUAACCCCACUUCACCAUUUAUCAUUAGGAAUUAUCUUUCAUCAUUUCAUCUUCCACGAGUUUUACUAGUUGUAUAUACAAUGGCCGAGCUUGGUCCUCUCUCCCUGACUCAUCCCCAAAAAUUAAAAUUGGCUCAAGUCCAAGAGUACCACAACUUCAACACUAACCCUAGCUUCCCCGCCAUGGAUUCGUGGAUGUGGAACUCUAAUCUCAAGCAAGAUGACGAUUCAUGGGAGGUUAGAGCCUUUGAAGAAGACACUAACCACGCCAUGGGCACUACUUGGCCGCCGCGGUCUUACACUUGCACUUUCUGUAGAAGAGAGUUCCGGUCUGCGCAAGCACUUGGUGGCCACAUGAACGUGCACCGCCGUGACCGUGCCAGACUCCACCAAACGCCGCCCACUUCCACCGCUCCCCCCACUCACGUAAUGCCGACUCAAGAAUUCAUCCCCACGAACGCUGGUCUAUGCUUUCUCUACUCGCAAAAUCCUAAUGGUGGUGGACUAGGUAUGGAAUCACACUCCUCUCUCCUCUCUGUUUCACCAUAUGGUCCAUAUGCACCAAACAACUUGAUGACAUCUCUGACACCAUCUUUACAUUAUCCGGUGGCGCCGCUGAGCAUGAAUUCCACUCUCUCUCACUCUAGCAACACUGAGCCUUCAGCCUCUAUCGAUAAUGGUGGCUCGGUUGUCGAAGAAAUUGAUCUAGAGCUCCGGCUAGGAUGCAGUUCAUCGUCUUCAUGACAAGAAGAAAUACAGCGUGUUUUUGUGAUUUUGAUGUCUAGUUUCUGGUUUAGAAAAUCUGCCUCAACUGUGAAAACUGUUUCACAUACAGCCUGGUUUCAAUAACUUGCAUUGUGCAAGGGCAUUUUGUUAAUUCCUUGUUUAACUGUUCUAUUUAGGUUUGACAUGGUUUUAUUUGUUCGUCGGUGCGUGGGCAGUGAAGCUUUGGCCUUAUAAUGCAGGCCGGAGAGCAUCUAAUUGUCAAUUUCCAGAAAUUAGGGUUUGAGUGGUAAAGGCUUGCAGUGCAGGGUCAUUUUCCAGUACAGAUGUCUGAGUAAAGUCUGGGCAAAUAUUUCCGUAGGGAUUAUUA